UUGAUGAGUGUGCGGACAUUUUUUAGAAUGGCUUUAAAAUAUAUUGACAUUGGCGCCAAUCUAACGGACCCUAUGUUCCGAGGCCAAUAUGGAGGAUCAAGGAAACAUCCAGACGACUUCGACAAUGUUUUGGAACGCGCGUGGCAGAAUGGAAUGCAAAAGAUAAUAGUGACAUCUGGUUGCAUGAGGGACGUGGACGAUGCAUUGAAACUAGUGGCUACGGAUGAGCGUCUCUACACGACAGUGGGUGCUCAUCCCACACGCUGUGGCGAGUUCCUAAAAGAUCCAGAGCAAUACUACAAGGAUUUGCACUCCCGAAUCAAGGCGAAUCCAGAGAGAGUAGUCGCAGUGGGGGAAUGUGGCCUGGACUAUGAUCGCCUGCACUUUUGCCCAAAGGAAACACAGAAGCAAUACUUUGAGAAACAGCUCAGUUUGGCUGAAGAGUUUCGACUGCCUCUCUUCUUGCACAUGCGGAAUGCUCACGAGGAUUUCAUGGCAAUAUUGGAACGUAAUCGGGAUAAACUCCAGGCCUGCGGUGGUGGUGUGGUGCACAGUUUCACAGGCACUCUAGAGGAGGCUAAGAACCUGCUGGCAUUCGGUGGUCUUUACAUAGGCAUCAAUGGUUGCUCCCUGAAAACGGCUGAGAAUGUUGAAGUGGUGCGACAGCUGCCCAAUGAUCGCUUAAUGCUGGAAACCGAUUGCCCCUGGUGUGGCAUACGUCCCUCGCAUGCCAGUCACAAACAUGUCACCACCAAAUUCCCAACUGUCAAAAAAAAGGAGAAAUGGACCGCUGAAACGCUGAUCGACGGACGCUGCGAACCAUGUCAGAUUAGCCAAGUCCUGGAGGUGAUUGCGGCCAUUAAGCAGGAGCCCAAGGAGAAGCUGGCAGAGCUGUAUUAUCAAAACACAUUGGAUUUGUUUUUCAGCCAAACCAAAUAAAAGAAAUCGAAAUUACA